AUGUGUAUAGACUUUACUAGUUUGAAUAAAUAUUGCCCCAAAGAUUGUUAUCCUUUGCUUAGAAUAUACCAGUUAGUUGAUUCAACUGCUAGGUAUGCAUUGUUAUCAUGUAUGGAUGCCUUUUCUGGCUAUCAUCAGAUUUUCAUGGACCCUGCUAAUAAAGAAAAAACAACAUUAAUAUGCUCAGUAGGGGUAUUUAAUUAUAUCAUGAUGCCUUUUGGUUUAAAGAAUGCGGGGGCAACCUAUCAAAGGUUGAUGGAUAGCAUUUUUAAAGAUCAGAGGGGAAGAAAUUUAGAAGUAUAUGUAGAUGAUUCAAUUGUAAAAAGUAAAACAGAGGAGGAAAUGAUUGUAUAUUUGCAAGAAACAUUUGGCAACAUGAGAGAGUAUAAAAUGAAGCUUAAUCUCAGAAAAUGUGUUUUUGGGAUUAAAUCUAGCAAAUUCUUAGGAUACUCAGUUGGCCAAAGAGGAAUUGAUGCAAAUCCAGAAAAGGUUCAAGCAGUAAUUGAUCUGGGAGAACCGAAAAGUAAGCAUGAGGUAAUGAAACUAACUGAGAGAAUGGUAGCUCUUUCAAGAUUCAUCUCUAAGUCAGCUGAGAGAGUGAUGCCAUUCUUCAAAAUUUUGAACGGAAAUAAAAACUUCGAGUGGGGUGAAGAACAAAGUCAAGCCUUUAAAGAAUUAAAGGAACACUUACACAGUCUGCCAACAUUGGCAAGACCUAUAACAGGAGAAACAUUAUACUUGUACAUAUCAAUUACACAACAUACGGUGAGUGCAGCAUUGAUCAGAGAGGAAAACAAAGUUCAACUCCCAAUAUAUUUUAGUUUAGACAAAGUUGAAAGAUAUGGCAGAUUGGCAAAAUGGGCCAUAGAAUUGAAUGGAUUGGGAAUUAAGUACCGACCCAGAAAGGCGAUUAAAGGUCAAGCCCUGGCAGAUAUUUUUGCAAAAGGCAUAAAUCGAGAUGAAAGUGAAGAACCAAUCUGGCAACUGUUAACUGAUGGGUCAUCCAGACUCAUUGGUGCAAGGGCUGGGUUGGUAUUAAUAACGCUUGAGGGAAAAAUCAUAGAGUACGCACUAAAGUUCCAAUUCAGAGCUACCAACAAUGAGGUAGAAUACGAAGCGGUCAUUGCUGGGUUACAAUUAUGCAAAGCUCUGGAAGCAAAAAGAGAGAGUUUGAAGCCAGAGAAGAAACACAUACAGAAAUAUCUAAAGAAAACACAAGAGAUGAUGUUAGAAUUUGAGGUUGUCCAGGUUGAGAAACUACCCAGAUCCCAAAAUGAGCAAGCUGAUGCACUCUCUAAAUUAGGGAGUUCCAGCAUGCAAAAUCUGAAAAGGUCAGUCUUAGUAGAAGUUAAACCUUUCAGUUCAAUUCAUGAAAGUUCGACAUCCGUUUUUAAUAUUGGAAAUGUAGAUAUCCCUGAUUGGAUGGGAAACAUUAUCCAAUAUAUAGAAAGUGGAGAGCUCCCAGUAGACCCAAUUCUUCCCAGAAAGGUGAAGUUGAAAGCAACUCAAUUUUGCACAAUAUAUAGAGAAUUAUACAAAAAAGCCAAGAAUGGACCAUUACUAAAAUGUGUAACACCAUCUGAGGCUGAUUACAUAUUGAAAGAGGUGCAUGAAGGGUGCUGUGGUCAUCAUCUGUGUAACACCCUAAGAUUUUCUGACGUCAGUAAUUAA